CAGGCGAGGAGAGGCACCUUAGGGCGCCCUGGCGUUUAGAUGAGCUUGCCCUGCAGGCAGAAACCUAGCUGGCGCCGCCUUCUCCAGGGUAGGGGGUGGGGAGAAGCUGCUCCCCCUUGGUUUCCAGCCUGCUAGAAAUUCUAGCAGAACUUAAGCAGCCUUAAGGUAGGAGGGGAAACGAGUGGAAGCAGGAAGAGAAGGAGCAAAUGUCAAUCCAUAGAAUAAUCCCAGCAUUGUAGAGUUGGAAAGGAUCAUCUCGUCCAAGCCCCUGCAAUGCAGGAAUCUCGACUAAAGCAUCCAUGGCAGAUGGACAUUCAACCUCUGCUUAAAAGCCUCCGAGGAAGGAGAGGCCAGAACCCCAAGGAAGGCGGAGGGAUGUGAUCCGAUCACAAGCCUGGGACUGGGCUAUGAAGACCUACGGGCCUGGCAAGAACUUGGGAGGCGCUUCCUCUUGUGCCAGACACGUUUCAGAGGUCUCAUCGCCUUUUUCCACAGGGCCCAGGCAAGAUGAUGGCACAUUCUACGAAUUUCGUACCUAUACUGUUAAGCCAGACAAGAUGAAAGACUUCUUGGAACUGACCAGCAAAAACAUUCACCUUCGUACAGCUCAUUCCCAGAUGGUUGGAUACUGGACCUCAGAAUUUGGGGGACUGAAUAAAGCUUUCCAUAUUUGGAAAUAUGAGAGCUUUGCUCAGAGAUCUGCUGUCCGGACAGCAUUAGCCAAGGACCAAGAAUGGCAAGAAAAAUACAUGUCUCGAAUGCUGCCCUUGUUAAACAAACAAGACAACGAAAUUGCGUACCUGGUGCCCUGGUGUGAACUUGGCAGCCCUCCCAAGGAUGGAGUCUAUGAGUUGGUGACCUUUCAGAUGAAACCGGGAGGACCAGCCGUGUGGGGCCAAUCCUUUAAAGCAGCAGUUGGUACUCACAUAAAGACAGGACACACCGAACUGAUUGGUGUCUUCCACACAGAAUAUGGACUACUUAACAGAGUUCAUGUGCUUUGGUGGAAUGAAAACUCAGACAGUCGCGCGGCUGGAAGACACUCUGCGCAUGAGGAUCCCAGAGUAGUAGCAUCAGUUCGGGAAAGUGUUCAGUUCCUGGAAUCGCAGCAGAACUGUCUCCUGGUACCUACAGCAUUUUCACCCCUGAAAUAGUGUUCUAUACCUACGAAUGGUGGUUUUCUUUUUUCUUUUUCUUUUUUUAAAAAGUACUUUUAAGUGCUGUCCUAAUCCAGCCUUAUUGCUGCCCGUUUACAAGGCUGGGUGCAAACCCAAUCUCCCAUCUUUUAUUUCUGCUUCUAGCAACACCCCUCUCCCUUUGUUGGAAGUGCAAUGAAUGAUGGUAGAGGCCACGACCCACCCACUAAACGGGAAUUCAGAGCUUACUAAACUAUAUAUAAAAAUGGGCUCUCAUAAAUUCUUUGCAUGAGGGCUGUGCUGCUAGCGUAGCUAUGAGUUGUGAAGACGGGACAAGACGGGACAAUGAUGUAAAAGCACUCUGGUGUUGGGAAUGCAGGUGAAACUCGGAAAAUUAGAAUAUCGUCGAAAAGUGCAUUUAUUUCAGUAAUGCAACUUAAAAGGUGAAACCAAUACAGUAUGUGAGAUAGAUGCAUGACAUGCAAAGCAAGAUAUGUCAAGCCUUUAUUUGUUGUAAUUGUAAUUAUUUGUCAUUAGGUGGGUCAGUUAUAAAUGGAAUGUAAUUAAUGAAAUGUAAUAGCGAUGUUUAUUUUUCUAUUAUUGUAACUACCGGUAUUUGUUUUAUUACUGUGGAAUUUCCAAAAGAAAGCAUUUGUAAAAAUAAAAAAAUAAGUUGCAUUACUGAAAUAAAUGCACUUUUCGAUGAUAUACUAAUUUUCCGAGUUUCACCUGUAAAUGGGCAGGGAAGUCAGGGAAGAGAGACCGAUUUGUAAACCUCGUCAGCCUUGUGCUGGUCAAAGCAGAAGGUGAGGCUGCUAUAUAAUUCCCCCCUGCCUUUUUUCCCCAUACAUUGGUGCCUCGCAAGACGAAUUUAAUUCGUUCCGUAAGUCAAUUCACUUUGCGAAAAAUUCGUCUUGCGAAUUGCGGUUUCCCAUAGGAAUGCAUUGAAAUUUCUUUUUUUGCCCAUAGGAAGGCAUUAAUUAAAUUUCAAUGCAUUCCUAUGGGAAACCGUGAUUCGCAAGACGAAUUUUUCGCAAAACGAAUUCGUCUUGCGAGUCACCAUCAGAUGAAAAAUUCGUCUUGCAGGGCAUUCGUCUUGCGAGGUACCACUGUACUCCCAAACUUGUUUCAGUGGGAAGACAAGUUAUGCCAACUCUACAGCUAGCAGAGCUUCCUUCCUUCCUAUUCUGGGAGUCAUGUCUAGGGAACAUGGCAGCUUUGCAACCAAAGCUUCCCCCUGCCCAUCCCAUCAUGACUUCGCUUUAACCUGCAGAGAUUUCCAUUCCAAAGGAGGGAUUCCAAAGCGGAGCUCCUUUUCCGUGGGGGGACCCACCUCUCCACCUGCAGUGGGAAGGGGCCCUUGCUAUUGUGCCCUAGGAGAGCUAAAAGUGAUUUAAGAGAUACAACCUUCCCCCCCCCCCCAGUCUACUGUACAUGCUUCUUUUAGUCAAACCCCAUUUGCAGGCUUUCAAACUAUGCACACGGAGCAAAACGGGAAGAAUAGCAAACAUCAUGUGUAGUGAUUUCUUUUUUUCCCAGUUCCACAAGCCCUACAGUUUCCACGUCAGCUGUUCUAAAGCUCAACAGCUGCAUCAGCCCAGCGGUGAGAUCUAUUUGCCUAUGAUGAUAUAAUUUUCCAAUGCUGGCCUAAACAAUGUAAUUUUUAGGUUUCUCAUUAACUGCCUGGCUGCAGUUGGGAUAAAUCUGGGUCAAAGCAACCCUUGCAGUGCAGUUUACAUAGUGGUUGAGUGAAUAAGAAACCAUGAAGAUAACUUUCUCCCCUGCACACACACACACACACACACAUUUUUAAAUGCAACAUGGGAACUCAUCUGUCAGUUUCUGUUUCGGGUCCAGCCUGGCUUUUAUUACCUUUACAGUACAUGGAAAAGUUUACCUCAUUCAUUUCAUGAGCAUGGAGCUCUCGCUGGCUGGCUAAAAUGCUGAAACUCUGAAUUAACUUGCUAUUUCUGGAAGCGCCUCUGUUCAUUCAUCUCUCUUGCACAUGCUUGCACACCUGGAACAAUCAUCU